GGAAGCACGAUGGUGUUGAUGGCGGUGAUGGCGGUUUCAGAAGUCUCGGGGCACGAUUAUGGAGAUGCAUUGAGCAAGAGCAUUCUCUUCUUCGAAGGCCAGAGAUCGGGCAAGUUGCCGUCUUCCCAGAGAUUGACUUGGAGGAAGGAUUCCGGUCUUCAAGAUGGUGCCGAAAUCGGCGUUGAUUUGGUGGGCGGCUACUACGACGCCGGCGACAACGUCAAGUUCAACUUCCCAAUGGCAUGGUCCACCACAAUGCUCGCUUGGAGCGUAUCUGAGUUCCGGAAGCAAAUGGGCCAGGAUCUCCCGCACGCACUCGACGCGAUCCGCUGGGCCACCGACUACUUCCUCAAGGCCACGAUUGAGCCCGGGCUCGUGUAUGCACAAGUAGGCGAACCUUACAGCGACCACUACUGCUGGGAGAGGCCCGAGGACAUGGACACCCCUCGAACCCCUUAUUCUGUGAGUACAGAGUCACCUGGCUCGGAAGUUUCGGCCGAGAUCGCUGCCGCUUUGGCCGCUGCUUCUCUGGUUUUUAGGUCGGUCGAUCGUGGCUAUUCGGACCAGCUGCUAAGUCGGGCUAAAACGGUGUUUGAGUUUGCGGAUAAGUAUAGGGGGUCGUACAACGACAGUAUUGGAUCAGCGGUGUGCCCAUUCUACUGUGAUUACAGCGGUUAUGAGGACGAGUUGAUUUGGGCAGCAUCAUGGUUAUUCAUGGCGACCAAGGAACCUGACUACUGGAAUUAUGUUGUGGCAAACAUGGAUAAUCUGCAGUACUGUAAGUUUAAAACCAUCAACUCCCUUCCUAAUGGAGGCAGUAGCUUUGCCGAGUUCGGGUGGGACUCGAAGCAUGCCGGUAUCAAUGUCCUCGCUUCCAAGCAGAUUGUCAUGGAGGAUAGUAACUAUACCAAUCUGUUCGUGCUCAACGCCGACAGGUUUGUGUGUUCGGUUUUGCCUGAAUCGCCGACCAAAUACGUCAAGUACUCCCCUGGGGGACUCCUAUUCAAAGAAGGAGGGAGCAACUUGCAGCAUGGCACAGCUCUGUCCUUUCUUCUUAUCGUUUAUGCUCGCUACCUGAACCGCGCCAAUCGAGACGUUCAAUGUGGCGAUGUAAAGGCCACUCCGGGCAGGCUCAUUCAAGUAGCUAGAGUGCAAGCGGACUAUAUAUUAGGAAGCAACCCGUUGAACAUGUCGUACAUGGUAGGAUACGGCGGGAAAUUUCCUCAAAGGAUCCAUCACAGAGGCUCUUCCUUGCCAUCAUUAGAUGAACACCCGCAACAUAUCGGUUGCAAGGACUGGGAGCCGUACUUCGAGAGCAGCAGCCCGAAUCCGAACCAGCUGACCGGGGCUGUCGUUGGAGGGCCAGACAUCGAGGAUCGGUACAACGAUUCUAGAGCCCAUUUUGUACACUCAGAGCCGACGACGUACAUUAAUGCUCCUCUUGUUGGUGUCCUGGCUUUCUUCAAAGGGCGGACAGAGCCAUAGACAUCUUUUUUUGGUCUGUAAAUCCAUAGAUAUUGA